UCUGCCUCUCUGCCUAUAUAGGGAGACUCUUGUGAUAGCUUCUCUUUUUCUUCCUUCUUCGUGCGCUUUGGUCAGAAUACAUGCCUGUUUCUCCCUCUUGCUUCUUUAUCACUUUCUUUGUUGUGCGAAAUGUCUUCUAGCGCGCCUAUCGAUAUUGAAACUAAGUUGAAAUAUCUCCAAUGGCAAAGCAGUUACACUCAUACUAGACCAUAUCGAAUCGCCCAAUUCGGCCGCAAAAGGAAGAACAAUGAGCAAAAGAAGCCGCACAAUCUAGUUUUCCAGGAAGGGGAUUUUGCCGAGACAAUCAGAGACAUCAGAGGAACAACAGCAGCAGAAGAAAACCCGAGUUUCACCCUUGAGACCAACGGCUUUGUGUAUCGGAGAUACCCACCACCUCUAUUUACAAACGCAAAGGAGUUUGGCGACCCAGAUCAUAUUCAAAAUAUCUUUUUGCCGGAAUGUGAGGCAAUCUUGAGAAAGGAGAUUGAGGGGGUCGAUCAGGUUUUUAUUUUUGAUUGGAAAAUAAGAAAGAAGAAAAGCGCGAAAGAGCGGCGAAAGAGGAACCCGAAUUUAUUGACCUUUGCGCGACAAGUGCAUGUAGAUGAACCUGGGACCUCCAUGAUAGAGCGCAUUCGCAAUCAUCUCCCCGAAGAAGCACAGCACCUUCUCUCCGGUCGAGUACAAAUGAUAAACUUAUGGCGGACUAUUAAUGGACCUGUCGAAGAGCAACCCAUUGCUGUAUGUGACGGGAGAACUGUCGACACAUCUAAAUUGGUCGAAACAGAUAUGAUCGGCGGUGACUAUACAGGCACGCUGCUUUAUCCACUUUAUGAGCCAGGGAAUAUUCGCCAAUGGUAUUAUUUGAGCAGACAAGGUGUUGAAGAUGUGCUGCUGUUCAAGAGUUUUGAUUCGAAAGAGGGGAGUUUGAAAUAUACUCCCCACACAUCAUUCACACUGCCGGAUACCCCGAAUGAUGCAUGCCCAAGGAUCAGUGUUGAGGUCAGGGCUUUAGUGUUUACGCGCUCGAUGCAAAGUGCUUUGUAG